AAUUCCGUUUUAAUCAUUCUACAAUGGAGAACAAUUACGAGCGUAUUUUCAACCGGUUCGACUCGAACGGAGACGGGAAGAUAUGCCCGGUGGAGCUGCGGAGGUGCGUGGGGUCAGUAGGCGGCGAGAUGACGGAGGAGGAGGCGGCUGCGGCGGUGGUGCUGAUGGACGGAGACGGAGACGGGCUGCUGGGAUUGGAGGAUUUCGUGAGAAUCGUAGAAGGAGCGGGGGACGAAGAGAAGGCGAGCGAUUUAAAGGAAGCGUUCAAAAUGUACGAAAUGGAGGGAAGCGGGUGCAUUACACCAAAGAGCUUGAAAAGAAUGUUGAGUAGAUUAGGAGAGCGGAGGGACGUUGAUGAGUGUACGGGUAUGAUUGCGAGAUUCGAUCUCAACGGUGACGGUGUACUCAAUUUCGAUGAGUUUAAGGAGAUGAUGGCAUGAUAUUAUAUAUAUAUAUAU